CCCAGCGACCUCUGUGAAACGGUUUCAUUCGGCCAGGUACUUUGUUCACACCCCCUAACACCCCCUGUUCUUCUGACAGAGGUUUUGAGCUCAUCGGCAGAAUUAUAUACAUAUGGGUUUCCCGUAUACGCGAACUUCACGGAAAACUAAGAUCUGUCCAUCGUACCGUGAAUAUUUCUGGCGAACAUCUACCACUCGCAGUCCCGGGGUAAUUUGACGACGCUCCCUUCUAAUCCUCUUUUGAAUUGAUCGGUCUCCAAGUGUGCCCGCGCCUGCGCCGCUGCCUCCGCCGCACUAAGCCUCGCCUGAGCCGGGCUCCAUCCUCCAGACUCGGCCCCUUCCGAGCCAAGCAGGCAUCCAUCUAUCCGUGCUAACGUCCAGGGGGGAGUGUGAGUGAAUCACAAUCUGGAGCCGCGAGGAAGUUCAGAACUAGAGCGCCGGACAGAGACUCUUUCAUUAUUAAUUUUUUAUUUUUUUGUUUGUUUUUUUUUUGCUUCAACAUCGAGACAGCAGACUGCAUUGCAGCGAUGGACAGAAAGCGUCCGGGAAUACCCUCUGGAGCGCGGAUGCCACAUCAGGGGGCUCCGAUGGGGCCCCCCGGCCCGCCGUACGGAGGGAGCCCCUCGGUGCGGCCCGGCAUCCCCAACCCGGUGAUGGAGGCCAGCCGCAAGCGGCCCGCGGCGUCCCAGCAGGUCCAGCAGCAGUCCGUCCAGAACCGGGCCAGAAAGAAACCAGUGGGAUUCCCUGGAGCCAAUGAGAUCGCAGCAAGGCAGAUGGACAUGAGAGAUGCCCAAUCAGAUCCCACGCUUGGAUCCAAUGCCAAGAGAAGGAAAAUGGCAGACAAGAUUCUCCCUCAGAGGAUCCGUGAGUUGGUCCCAGAGUCACAAGCCUACAUGGAUCUCCUGGCUUUUGAGCGUAAGCUGGACCAAACCAUAAUGAGGAAACGGGUGGACAUUCAGGAGGCUCUCAAGAGACCAAUGAAGCAAAAGCGCAAACUGAGGCUGUACAUCUCCAACACCUUCAACCCCGCCAAGCCCGAUGCAGACGACUCCGAUGGCAGCAUUGCAUCAUGGGAGCUGCGGGUAGAGGGGAAGCUGCUGGAUGACCCUGGAAAACAGAAAAGGAAGUUCUCGUCCUUCUUCAAGAGCCUAGUGAUCGAACUGGACAAGGACCUGUACGGACCCGACAACCACCUGGUGGAGUGGCACCGCACCCCCACCACCCAGGAGACGGACGGCUUCCAGGUGAAGAGGCCGGGCGACGUGAGCGUGCGCUGCACCCUGCUGCUGAUGCUGGACUACCAGCCCCCCCAGUUCAAGCUAGACCCCCGUCUGGCUCGACUGCUGGGCAUCCACACCCAGACCCGCUCGGCCAUCAUACAGGCACUGUGGCAGUAUGUGAAGACCAACAAGCUGCAGGACGCCCACGACAAGGAGUACAUCAACUGUGACAAGUACUUCCAGCAGAUUUUCGACUGCCCGCGUCUGAAGUUCUCAGAGAUUCCCCAGCGGCUCACCAACCUGCUCCUGCCCCCAGACCCCAUUGUCAUUAACCACGUAAUCAGUGUGGACCCUAACGACCAGAAGAAGACGGCCUGCUACGACAUCGACGUGGAGGUGGAGGACCCUCUGAAGGGCCAGAUGAGCAGCUUCCUGCUCUCCACGGCCAAUCAGCAGGAGAUUGCGUCCCUAGACAACAAGAUCCACGAAACCAUUGAGUCCAUCAACCAGUUGAAGAUCCAGAGAGACUUCAUGUUGAGCUUUUCCAAGGACCCCAAAGGCUACAUCCAGGACUGGCUCAAAUCCCAGACCCGGGACUUGAAGAUGAUGACAGAUAUGGUGGGAAACCCGGAGGAAGAGAGGAGGGCGGAGUUCUACCACCAGCCCUGGUCCCAGGAGGCUGUCAGUCGCUACUUCUACUGUAAGAUCCAGCAAAGAAGACAAGAGCUGGAGCAGGCUCUGGCUGUGCGCAACACCUAAAUCCUUCCCCGGGGGAAACGAUUGCACCUCCCUUGUCCUUCCACCACUCCCAAGUCUAGGAGAUGCCCGCCCCUUGUCUGUGAUGUUAAUUUGAUGUCAUAAUCAUUUGUUAUUGUGACCUUUGACCUCUGACCUGUGACUGGUGACCAAUUGCACAUGCCCUACAAGUUGAGCCCAGUUUUGGAAUCAAGUUGUUACACACAAGUGCCACAUCAAGGCCACCUACACCCCUCCCCCACCCGACCCAAUCUCUCCAAACUCACCGGAACACAGUCUUUCCCCUUUGACUGAACUCCCGAACCCCCCCCCACCCCACCCCUCUCACCCCCUUCAUUCAGCAUGUCCUGAAUUUUCCUAGCCAGCGCACAUCUGGAUCUGGAUCCAUUUUCUUUGAACCGGCUGCCUGCAUUCAGUGGAGCUCUGGAUCUCACAGAAUGUCCCAGUGCAGCAUCUGUGCAUGCUGUGGAGUUUCCUCAGUGCUGCGUGGGUCCGGACUUUCGACUUCCCUCCUGUCUGCAUAAAAUGGGCCGAUAUGUGUCCAGACUGAACACUGAAGGAGGAGAAGGAGGUGAAAUGGAGGUGAUAAGGUGGCAGAAACAGAAGGACUGGAGGCUCCACGGAGGUCCUGAUUUAGGACGAACCCUACGGUGUCUGUUCAGUCAAGAUUUUCAGUAUUAAUCGUCAAUCGUCAGUAUUGAUUUCACGGCGUCGGUCUUGAGCCUGAAAUUGUCAGUUCUCAGCUUCCGUGUCAGUGUUGAGCCCGUAGUGUUGUGUCUGUGGAGUUUCUCGAAGCUCCUCAACGAAUGUGCAAAACAAAAUGUUUUCCUCACUACACCACACUACAUCUACAACCCACACAAGGCAGAUACAUAGUUGGGAUGGACAGUUUGGUUUAUUCAGAGACAAAAAAAGCUGAUUUAAUGUGGUUUUUUAUUUUAUUUUAUUUUUUUACAUAUUGUCAGCCCAGCUCUAUGCGCAACCACACACAAAACCAAUCAAAUAUAACAUUCAUUUUUUGAUGUACACACUGGUACAGGCGGGCACUGAAUCUGGCAUGCACUUAAUCUAAAGGUCACAGGGCCACGUCUGCCUGUACUAGAAAGCGCAUAGGGAGAUGUUCUUUGCUUCAGUCGGUAGAGGUGUGAUAUGACGUGUACAGAGGGGGAGCAGUACCUACUCUAGACCACACGGGGGAGCUUGUGUGUCCGUGUACACUUCAUCCCUGAGCUUGUGCUGCAAAUUACACCACAAUUUGCCAGUAAAAUAAGUAAAUUAAGAUCCCACACUUACCAUAAAGAUAUAUUUUACUGACGGAGACAUCUUCCCAACAUUUUAUGUGAUAGAGCACAAGUGAAACCGUUGAUAGUAUCCUGUCACAUGGUUGUCAUAGGAACGUGUACUAAAAACCAAAGACGAAACCCACUUCUCUUCAAUUAGCAAUCUGAUUGCCUGUUACAUUAAGUUUGUUUUAUGCCACAGAGAUUGUUGCCCACAUUGGUCUUCCCAACCUGGAAAUCCUGAUCAUGGCUGUCAAAAAAAUGGAAAAUGUGGAGAAAUGUUAAUGGACGCCCAGUUGCUCCAACUCCAAAAACUGGUACACGUGAACUUUGUAAAUUGUCAGGGUGUACCUUAACUCUUAGCAGUAUUAAAAGCUCUCUCCCUACUGACUGCAAUUGGGGGGGGGGGGGGGGGGGGUGUCUGCUAAAAAUGAGGAUUCUCAAAAACAUGCCCAUUUCUGAAGGGUAUGGUGUGAUGGCACUGCCCGUUUCUGAAGGGCAGGGUGUGAUGGCACUGCCCGUUUCUGAAGGGCAGGGUGUGAUGGCACUGCCCAUUUCUGAUGGGUAUGAUGUGUUGGCACUGCCCAUUUCUGAUGGGUAUGGUGUGUUGCCACUGCCCGUUUCUGAUGGGUAGGGUGUGUUGGCACUGCCCACUUCUGAAGGGUAUGGUGUGUUGGCACUGCCCGUUUCUGAUGGGUAGGGUGUGUUGGCACUGCCCACUUCUGAUGGGUAGGGUGUGUUGGCACUGCCCGUUUCUGAUGGGUAGGGUGUGUUGGCACUGCCCAUUUCUGAAUUCCAGCGUGUUGGCACUGCCCAUCUGCACUGCCUGCUUGUGCCGCCUCUAGCGCUCACAGCAGUGGCAGUGAAAAAGAAGGCCUACAGAAGGCCUGUCCUUUCAAUCCCAACAGCCCCCAUUACCCAACUAAGAGCGGUAGGGUCCAGUCUGCUAACAGUGUAGAUUUCAAAUAUCAAAGGUUCACUUUUCAUUUUAAAGUGCCAUAGCAUAGCAUUGUUUGCGGUAUGCCCGUGUAUAUGUUUUAACUUAUUUGUAUUUGUUUUAAUAUUAUUUUCAGGAGUUGUAUCUGUUGCACAGUAAAAGGACACGAGAAGGCUGGGAGUGGGGAUUUGCUACUUCUGUUGUUGGUGAGAAUUGGACUGGCAGUAUGGUUGGGCUUGUCCAGGAGUUUGCUGCCGUAGACUAGCUUUACUACAAUUGGUUAAAAAAAAAAAUACUUUAACAUGAAUUCCCAUCCAAUUUUUGCCCCUGAAGGGAUGUACACACCUUUCUUUUUGUCCAGCCAAGAAUAAUGUUUGAAUUUGAACUUGGAUUCUGAUUCCAUCCUGUUGAGUAAACCUGCCUGGCUUUUCAAAGAAGAGAACCAUUCUAGUAUUUUCUAUUCCUGUGCUAGAGGAGCAACGAGCCACUUCUCAGCAGGAAAUGUGCGGGAGCCAAUGGCAACAGAGCGUGCCACAGAGCUGCUGCAGAAACAUGAUGUAAUGGCCUGUUCUUCUCCAGCCAGGAAAUGGCAAUAAAUAUGCCGUCAGGUUGCUUGUAACUGGCAGUAUUUUCCAGUCCCUAUUAAAGGCAAAAAAAAA